UUGAAGCGGGAGCGGUGGCGGAGGAGGAGGGGGACGCCGCGGACGGUGGCCAUGGUGGCUCACGAGGAGCUGGGAGGGCUGCUGCCCAUCAAAAGGACUAUCCGGGUGAUCGACGCGCAGAACCAGUCCUUCAGGGAGCAGGAGGAGCCAAGCAAUAAGCGGGUUCGGCCUUUAGCACGGGUCACAUCCCUGGCGAACUUGAUCUCUCCUGUAAGAAAUGGUGCGGUGCGGCGUUUUGGGCAGACAAUACAGUCGUUUGCCCUUCGGAGUGACAGCAAAUCUCCUGGCUGCACCCAGAAGUCAUGUAGCAGAUCUGCUGCUCCUACUCCUCCUAAAAGAAGAAACAGCGUACUUUGGUCUGAGAUGUUAGAUGUCAACAUGAAAGAGUCCCUGAGCACCAAAGAAAUUAAGCGCCAAGAGGCAAUAUAUGAAAUGUCCAGGGGAGAGCAGGAUCUAAUCGAAGACCUGAAGCUUGCCAGAAAGGCCUACCAUGAUCCCAUGCUGAAACUCUCGAUCAUGUCCGAGGAGGAACUCACCCACAUAUUUGGGGACUUGGAUUCUUACAUUCCUCUUCAUGAAGACUUGUUGGCAAGUUUAGGAGAAGCAACAAAACCAGAUGGAACAGUGGAGCAGAUUGGGCCCAUUCUUGUGAAGUGGUUACCACGACUCCAUGCCUACAAAGGUUACUGUAGCAAUCAGCUGGCAGCCAAAGCACUUCUGGAUCAAAAGAAGCAGGACCGGAGAGUGCAGGACUUCCUUCAGCGCUGCCUGGAGUCUCCUUUCAGCCGCAAGCUAGACCUCUGGAGCUUCUUGGACAUUCCUCGAAGUCGGCUGGUCAAAUACCCGCUGCUCCUGAAAGAGAUCCUGAGGCACACUCCUAAAGACCAUCCCGAUAUCCAGAUUCUGGAAGAAGCCAUAUCUAUAAUCCAAGGAGUCCUCUCUGACAUCAACCUGAAGAAGGGGGAAUCCGAGUGCCAGUAUUACAUUGACAAGCUGGAGUACCUGGAUGAGAAGCAGAAGGACCCAAGAAUUGAAGGCAGCAAAGCUUUACUGUGCCACGGCGAGCUGAAGAAUAAAAAUGGACAUAAACUCUAUGUCUUCCUCUUCCAAGACAUCCUGGUUUUGACCCGGCCGGUCACUCGCAAUGAGCGUCAGGCCUACCAAGUGUACAGGCAGCCGAUCCCCGUCCAGGAGCUGAUCCUCGAAGACCUGCAGGAUGGUGAUGUGAAAAUGGGAGGAUCCUUCCGAGGAGCUUUUGGCAAUUCUGAUAAAGCUAAAAAUAUCUUCCGAGUUCGUUUCCAAGAUCCCUCCCCGGGCCAGUCCCACACGCUGCAGGCCAACGAUGUCUUCCACAAGCAGCAAUGGGUGAAUUGCAUCCGAACCGCCAUCGCUCCCUUCCAGCGGACUGCUGCCGCCGCAGAGCUGAAGGAGCUGCCAGAGCUGAGCGAAGAGUCGGAGGAGAACAACCCCUCCAUGCCCAACAUUAAAGCCCAGAAGAGGCAGUCUGCCAUGUCUGGCGUAACCGAGAUGGAGCUGGACGAAAGCGCAUCCGAGUGUGGCUCCAUCCUGGACUCGGAGGAAGCCAAGGGCGUGAAAACACACAGAACAUCGUCUGGGCACAGAAAAACGAGGGAGAAGCAGCUAAGUGGCAAGCGGAAAGAAACGCUAGUGUAAAGAGGAGCCCAGUACCAUCCUGCUGGAAGACUGUUUAUUUAUAAAUAACGUGUACAUUUUUCUUGUAAUGUGAGCAUGAUUGGAUUCACUCUACUGAACAGAAUUCUUUUUUUUUUUUGGUUUUUUUUUAUGUUGUAAUGGCAGCUACUGGUAUACAGUUAACACUGUUGAACUGGAGUCUGUUUUUACAAACACGGCCACGCUGAACCUGGUUUUAAUGCUGUGAGUGAUUCGGAAGCCCUCGUGCUUUUGACUGCUCAUAGCAGAUUUGAAGAGCACGCUUUGGUUUCCAAAAGAUUUCUAAAAGUUUGAGGCUGGAAAACAGUAAAGCUAAAGCAGAGGUUUGGGCUGUCACCACGAGCCUGGCAGCACCUCCCUUUGCAGGGGGGUUUGCAUCAACACUGCGAGCGCCCUUUUAAAGGGGACUCGAAAUCUGAAUUCACGUUUUCUUCAUGUCUGGCACAGCGCAUGUUUUGCAGAGUAUGGCUAGCACAAUCCAUGCAACUUUUCAUGUUUAAGGAGAAAAAAAACAACCAAACAAAAAGAAAAAAAAAAGCAACAGACCCCAGGUUCAACAGGUUCUCAAUUUACCUACUGGAAUCUUUCAUCUUAGUGUGUCCUUUGUACAUUCCUCAUUUUCACUCUUGUAACCUGCCAGAUAUUUAAUUUUUUUUAUUAUUAGUUGUUUUAUUUCCAGUUUGGGGGUUUUUUGGUUUUCUCUGUUUUUUU